GUUUCCUUCCGGUGAAAAUAAAAAGAGGGAAGGGGAUCUGCACAGACUGGUGGGAUGCACAGACCAGAACAGAUUCAGCUGGACGCAGAGAGAGAGGCAGACUGCAGAUCAUAAGAAAGAAACGCAGCAGAUUAUCUCCCGGACGACAGCCCAACUUGGGGAGAUUUAGCCAUUAAACCAAGAGAGAACAAAAUAACGUUUAAUGGAUGACAUCUAAAAUCUACAUCGACUGACUGCAGCCCUAACUCCGCGUGUGUGAUGUGACCGCUGACUGCAUAAAAUCUGACGCUAGUGCGCACGAUGGAGGAACUUUUACGCACACAGGAUGCUUGGGCUCAGAACAUUUCCUGGUACAAUUCCAGUUACAUAAACAGCACCAAUUUAGGGAACAACACGGUAAACCCCUUAAAGCGAAAUGAAGAAGUAGCCAAAGUGGAAGUUACUGUCCUGGUUCUGGUGCUGCUGCUCGCUCUGACCGGCAACCUGUGCGUCUUGUGGGCUAUCCAUACCACCAAGCACAGCCAUUCUCGGAUGUAUUACUUCAUGAAGCACCUGAGCAUCGCAGAUCUUGUUGUGGCGGUGUUCCAGGUCCUGCCGCAGCUCAUCUGGGACAUAACCUUUCGCUUUUACGGACCUGAUUUCCUUUGCAGGCUGGUCAAAUACCUCCAGGUAGUUGGCAUGUUUGCGUCAACCUACAUGUUGGUCCUGAUGUCAAUCGACAGAUGCUUAGCGAUCUGCCAGCCGCUUCGCUCGGUGCACAAGGGGAAAGAUCGCUUCUGUGUUAUCGCAUCUUGGAUCCUCAGUCUGAUUUUCAGUACCCCACAAGCCUACAUCUUUUCUCUCAGGGAGGUCGGGAAUGGCGUUUACGACUGCUGGGGGGACUUCGUGCAACCCUGGGGUGCCAAAGCCUACAUCACAUGGAUGAGUCUGAGCAUUUACAUUCUUCCAGUAGCGAUAUUAAGCAUCUGCUACGGUCUGAUAUGCUUUAAAAUAUGGCAGAAUAUCAACAUGAAAACCAGGAGGGAGCACUUUUUGGCUCUCACGCCGAGGCCAUCCAAGGGCGCACAUCCACUGUCACGCGUGAGCAGCGUCAGACUCAUUUCUAAAGCCAAGAUCCGCACCGUGAAAAUGACAUUUGUGGUGGUCAUUGCAUAUAUUGUGUGCUGGACUCCUUUUUUCUUUGUCCAGAUGUGGUCUGCAUGGGAUCCUGCUGCACCAAGAGAAGACAUGGCCUUCAUCAUCUCCAUGUUGCUUGCUAGCCUCAACAGCUGCUGUAACCCCUGGAUCUACAUGUUCUUUGCUGGUCACCUGUUUCACGACCUGAUCCGGAGCUUCUUCUGCUGCUGCUGCAGACACUAUAUGGCGGACUCUUCCUGCCGCUGCGAUCAGCAGUGCAGGCACAAAAGUGGCUCCUCCACUUUCGUCAUCAAGAACGGCAGCAGUAUGAGGAGUUUGACUCAAACUUCCAGCACAGGGGGGCCCGCGCACUGAGCCGGCAGGGAGCCAUCUUAAGCUUCUUGUGGUUGACUUGAUCCAGCAAUCAUGCAAGGCCUUGGUUGAGGCAUUUAAUCAUCUACAGCAGAGCUGAGCUCACCAUGGCACAAUGCUUGUUGUCAGCUAUAUUAAAUUAAGCCAAACAGAGAACAUAAACCUCCUGUCCGGAAACAUCCCUGCACCCUGUGAUAACAGAAAGUAGAACAAAAUGCCAUUGUGUCCAAAAUGUGAACUAAAUGAGCUGCAAAGUGAAGUUCUUACCAGAGCACAUUUAAAUUUAGCAGGAUGUGUACAAAUGUUCGCUAGCGGCUGCAGUCAACUCUGACAGGACCAGACAGGAUGGACCAGACUUUAAUCGAAGAUGCCAAAAAAACUUUUCCCGUUGUUGCUUUGAACAGACUGACUCGGUGGCUUUCAUUUCUAUCUUUGGUCACAGAAUGAGUAGGAGGAAAAGAAUUAAUGUAUAUUGUUGUUCACUGUGGCAUGUUCAAACAUAUAUAUCUGUAAGAUGACAAAAUAGGACUAAAUAUUACAUACUGGAUGUUUAGUUAACGAGACUUGUCUACUAUCUAAGGUUAAACAACUGUAAACAUUCUUUAUAUUUGUUUACAGCGUUUUUGUACUUCAGUUUUAUAGUUUAAGGGUGUAUUCACACCUGACACAUUCGGCCCACUUUAAACGGACCAGAAUAUGUUUCCCUCGUUGGUCUGAACAUUUUGUUCAGGUGUGAAUACACUCAAGCAAACCCUGGUGAAGACUAAACAAGCGGACCUAUACCCACUUUUUGAGGUCCUCUAACAAAAACCUCUGGUGCAUUUCCUUUCAAAUGUGAGCACAGACCGGCCUCAACAUGAACCAACAACAGGACACACCUGACAUUUUGGACAUCAUGAGCCACCAUUGCUGGGAAUUAUGGUUAAAAAUGAUCCCUUCAGUGUUGCUCCUACUACACUUACUAAAAUUGUACCUGAUCGCCUGUUUGCUGCUGCCAGCAUGUAGAGGGCCAGGGCACACAGAGCGUCUAAUUCAGCUUGCAGCACACACUUAUGGACACCGUUCCAAAAUUUGGAAUAUCACAUUGUAAAUCCUCCAUUGUUUGAACUGCUCCUUAUAUUUAAAAGCAGUUAGAACAUUAGAACAGCAAGCAGGACUUCCAGAAUUUUUUUUUGUUUUUGGGUCUGUCCUCUGUUACAACCCCUGUCAUUUCUGGCAAGUGGGGUCGUCACCCAAGUUGAUUUGUCUAUAAAGAAUAGUCCACUUGCAAAAAAGGACAAUGAGAAAGCAAAUCAAAGGAAAAAGAAUAAGUAAAUAAAGUCCGCUGUUGGUCUCGCUCAAACACGUAAACAAAAGGCUAUCCUGGUGUGUAUACAACUUAAGAAAGUUUACCAUAGAUGCUGAUCCACAUUGUUAAUAUUUUUUAUACAGUUUUUCUCAGUUGCUUUUGCACAUUUCUCUUAAGACAAUUGAAACUGAACAAACUUCUUGUUUAAUUUCCAAAUCCAGUUGCUAAUUAUUUCUACUAUUUCUUUUUUGACUUGUUGUUCUGUAUAUAUUUGUAUGAACUCAUUCAGUUUCUUAUGUGCAGUAGAUGGUUGUUACAUACUUUUGCUCAUUAAAUGAUGAUCAGAUGCAUUUCUCUUCAGGCCAGCUUGGCAUUUCAUCUUGCAUUUAAGGGUAUUAAAAUACUUACAAAAAACCAUGAAGCAUAUUUCAAACAUUUCUUCAUAAAUUCUCUUGAUGACUGUGUUCAGAUUAUAGAUAUAUACAUAUAUUUCUACCACUUUGAAUUGCUCUCAGGUUAAACUUGACUAGGGGAAAGUGUGGGACUGGCUCAUUUAUAUUCUUGCUAACAGAACUACAUUAACUCACUCAACCAAUCACAAACUGUUUUAUAAAGAUUUGUUGUAUGCACAUUAACUUUUUUUCUCACUGACUGACAUUAAAUCAGACUAAACUUUUCUAAUUUCAAAUUAGAGUAACAUUAUUUCUACCUGCUGAUAGUUUUGAAAAGAGAUGAUAAUUUUAUGAAAUUCUAGUUUGCAGUUGUUCACGCGCAAACCUUUUUGGUUUUUGUCCAAUUUUUUUUUUCUUUUUGGAUGUCCUAUCACCUGCCGCUUAUUCCAGCCAGUUGAAACUCCUAACUGAGUCGGAUUUGGAGGCUCCUUUGCUCUCACACACAUUUUCAGCCCUGUCCACAAAUUUUUUGAGGGAGUGAAAUUGGAGCUUUCUGAUGACUUUUCCUGCUUUUGUUGUCUGAAAAGUUCUCUAACUAAUGUGGUGGUAUGCUCAGGGUCACUGACCCAGGCCUUAAUUUCCCACCUGUUGUCUAGUGAUGUUGCUUCAUUAUUUUCACAGAAUGUUCCUUCCUCCUGAGGCAAUCUGUUUUCAGAUGUUUACUUCUUGCAGCAAGACCCCAACAACACAACUUUGUCAUUUUAGUACUUCACGGUUUGGAUGGUGUUCUUAGGUUUGCAACAUUGAUCCUUACUUCUUGCAGAUGUGACAAUGGAAAUUAUGACCCAACUAUUUAGUUUCAGGUACCUCAGACAACAAGACAUGGGCUUCAAAAAGUAAUUUUUAUUUUGCCUUUGUAGUAAUGGCUUCUUUCUGACAGAGCCACCUUUCAGCUCAUGUCAGCACAGGACUUGUUUUGUUGUUGAUAAUGACCCCCUCUCACCAGAUUUGGCCUACAUCUUCACAUUGUCGUUUUCUUUUGUUCACAGACUGUUUCACACAUUUUGCAACAAAACAGAUGUUGUCUCUGGGGCACAGAACAACGCCAAUGUCCAGCUGGACAAUCCCAAGCCGUUUUUAUUUGUGUGCAGUUGGUAGCUCCAGGC